GUUCAUGUUUUUGCUCACACAGGGUUGUUGUUUUCUAACACUGGCACUAACAAUAUAAUCACAACAUGAUGUGACCCCUUUAACAAGCUGCCUGUUCUCCAAAACCACCACGUCCCCUAGUGUUUGUUUACUUUUUCUCCUAUAACACAGCACAUUUUCAUUAAUUCAUGAAUGACACCUUAUAUUUGUUUACUGCCAUGAAACAAAAACACUUCUACUUUUUCUGUCUCUUGAAGUGAAUAAGACCAAAUAAAUAAAUAAAUAAAAAACACAGCUUGCCAUUUUACAGAGAAAUAGAAAAGUGCUGAAGACUCUUUCAGUUACAAAGUACUGACACUGGAGAGAAUGCAAAAUAAACACAGAGACUAUAUCAAACCGCCAUAUUAUCAGUUUUCCAUAUAAUUCUUUUGAUGUCAAGUGUUUGCUGUACAAAUCCCUGUGUCAGACAAGACUUUGUUCAAGAUUAUUAUUGUGAUUGUUGCAACCAGAAAUGCUUGAAAUUGCAACAGCCUUUUAUCAAAAACAUUUUUAUGAUACUUUCUAUGAUAACUGUACUCUUGUUCUAUGCAUUUGAACCGAAGAGGGCUUUGAGUGAAUGUCUGUUGUCAUGACUGCAAUGGAUAAGAAGCUCAUUGGAUGUCCGGUGUGCAUAGAGCAUAAAAAAUACAGUCGUAACGCCUUACUCUUCAACUUGGGUUUUGUGUGUGAUGCUCAGACGAAGACAUGUGCCCUUGAGCCCAUAGUGAAGAAACUCUCACAAUACCUCACGACUCUGGAGCUGGAAAGUGGCUUUAUUUCAAAUGAGGAGAGUAAACAGAAGCUGUUGCCCAUCAUGUCGACAUUACUUGAGGAGCUCAAUGCCACAGGAGCCUGCACUCUCCCUAUUGAUGAGUCAAAUACAAUUCACCUGAAGCUGAUUGAGCAGAGGAAAGAUCCCCUCAUUGUUCAGGAGUAUGACGUUCCGGUCUUCACUCAAACCAAGGAACGUUAUAUCAAAUCACAGUGGGAUCUCACCACACAGCAGAUUCUGCCUUACAUUGAUGGAUAUCGACAUAUACAGAAGAUUUCAGCUGAAGCAGAUGUUGAGUUGAACUUAGUACGAAUUGCCAUACAGAACUUACUGUAUUAUGGAGUUGUAACACUAGUGUCAAUAUUUCAGUAUUCUAACGUUUACUGCCCAACCCCUAAAGUCCAGAGCCUAAUAGAUGACAAAGCUGUUCAGGAAGAAUGCCUACAUUAUGUCAAUAAACCUGGACAGCGAGUGAGCCUUCGAGAUGUUUUCCAGCUUUAUUGUGGUUUAACACCAGGAACUACAGUGCGUGACUUGUGUUCCCGUUAUGCUCAGCAACUACAACGGGUAGAUGAGAGAAAGCUGAUCCAGUUUGGUUUAAUGAAGGGCCUGAUUCGCCGGUUGCAGAAAUAUCCAGUUAAAAUUGUUCGGGAUGAGAGGAGUCAUCCUCCAAAACUUUAUACUGGUUGCCACAGUUAUGAUGAGAUCUGCUGCAAAACUGGAAUGAGUUACAAGGAGCUGGAUGAGCGAUUAGAAAAUGACCCUAAUAUUACCAUCUGCUGGAAGUGAUGACAUAUUGAAUAUGGAUUUGUGGAGUGAGUUAUCUGAUGAAGUAGACCCGCGUACGCAGUCAUGCUGUAAGGAACUCAGUGGGACCACAGCCUGAAACGCACAUGGGUUCUGACCCAAAAUCCAAGAAUGUAUAAAGUCAGCACCAGAAUUAUUGCCACCAUUGGCAAAGAUGGGCAGAUUUGUUCCUGGAAGGAAAAAUAGUUUUUCCAUUUAUUAACUUAAUCUCACACAUAUCUGAGAGAAUUGUAACCUUUAUUAUAUACAGUGUUUAACAAAACCACAACUACUCCUGCUCAUUUUUUUUAAAAGUUUACCAAAGAGUUUAAAAACAAUGUUUUAAAAUGUUUGUUAAAAACAGAAACUUUGUGUACCUUGCUUCAACUUAUUCAAAAAUACUGUAUCUGCAAAAAAGAACAGAUUGCAGUUGCUCACUAGUUUUAUUCUUCUAUGUACACACUCACUGAGCACUUUAUUAGGAACAUCUGAUUGACUUUGACCAUGGCAUGGUGGUUGACCUUAGACAGUAUUUUAAAAACUGAUGAUCUCCUGGGGUUUUCAUAUUUCACUAAAAUAUGUAAGAGCUCUUUUUGUGGAAAUGUUAAUGAGAGAGGUCAGAGCAAAAUGGCCAGAUCCCAAUGGGGACUUCUGCUGUCAUACCCCAAAUCAAGGUUUGAUGUUUUAUGUGUUACACAGUUGUAAAUAGUGAUUAUUUGAGUUAAUAUAUACUAAUAUUUGGAUUGAACCGAUCUGGCUUUUUUUUUCCUGAGACCUGUCAGAUAAACAAGGCAAAGCUGCCAAAAGAGCAGUCAUUCACUUGAUGUUUUUUGUUUUUGCACAUUUUGUAUAAAGUUUAAUCCACAUUCUUAAUGGAAAAUUUUUGUACUCAUUUCUAAUUGCAUUAUAGUCAACCCUUGGAGUAAACUUUUGUGUUGAAAUACAUUUCUCCUGUGAGUAGUUUUCUGACAUUUUUAGUGAUGAUGUGUGUGUGCAUGUUUAAAGCCAUUACCUUAUACUUCCUGGAAAAGCAAAUUGCUUUUGGAAUAAAAUAUUCUAGUACUUCAAGGAUAUUUGAUUUCAUAUGCUUUUAUGACUGAUAAUAUGUGCAGUUUUCCAGCACUUGUAUAUACAAAGAAAUCUACAAAUGUGAGAUGAAACAUGUUAAAUAAAUAUAUUCAGACAACAUUA